AUGAGGAGCUGUCUCAUUCCUGCUCCCCCCCGCACCCGCAUUCUCCUCCUGGUGUCCGUCUUCUUCCCCCUUCUCCUCUGCCCCUCAUUAACGCGGGGCGAUGACACCGAGCAGACGAAUACCACGAUUGCCACGGGGAAGGAGGGCAGCUUCGCGGACCUGAUCGAUCGGGCCUUGGAGAAGGAGUUCCCCGACAGCGAGCAGACCGGCGGAGGUGAGUGGAUCUGGACUCCUGACCCCAUUCUCCUGCCACCACCCGAAUGUUCAUGGCACGUUCGUGUCCUCUGGUUCUCCUUUCAAUUGUUUCUCAGAUUUGCUUUGCGAGAGGGCUCCGCACUCCGGUGCAGUUUAUAAAUUAGGGCUCGUGAUUGGGCUCAAUUUGGAAAUUGAUCUCUAGGGUCGUAUCCAAAUCUAACGUGUUAUAUCUCUUUUGUACGUUCUCUAGUCGUUGUUGUUUUUCUCGUUCUGCUUUCGUGUUACCCUUGCAUUGAAGUGGGGGUGGUUACCCACAUUGAAUGAAACACGGUUUAAAUUGCAAUGCCUCUUGCUUUGUUGUAGUAUACUAAUUCCUUCAAAUGCACAUGCCUAAAAUUGGGAUUUUUCCAAACUUGAUAGAAAAUGAAAGAAGAAUGUAUGUGCUUCUUUUGCAGAAACUGAUGCUGGAAGCUUUAACAAUAGUGUUGCCGAAAAGCAGGUUUCUUUUCUAAACUUUUCGUCUUUAUAUUGUCAAGGUAACUCUAUCUUACAGACGACUCUAUGCAUUAACUUUCCAUGUGAAACUCAAAAACGUGGCUACUUGUGGUUAAUUUCCUCCUAUGAGCACUUGGGCCUACUUGUGGUCAUAUAUGUGGCAGUUGGUCCUCAAAUAAAUGCAUACACUAUUCAGUAUCUGUUCUGUGGUUUAUAGGUUCCAGCAAUGUGAAACGUGUGGCGACCACUGGACUUUCCGGUCCAGAGAUCUCAAAUAAGCUCAUGUUUUCUUAGGAACUGUGCCUCCUACAUUUACUUAACUUUCUAACAUCAUGUUAUUCUCCUUUGGAAGUAUUAAAUAGCCAAUUUAGAAAAUCCCCGCCUCCAUGGUGACGCCUUUUAAAGCAAUUUCGAAGUGUGGCAUUGUCUUUUUUAAUGGUCUUUCUUUCUCAAUUACUCCUGGCCUCCCUAUUAAUUUAUAUCAUGAAGCCAUUGGUAUACAGCUGACUAAAGAAGCGGCUGUCUUAAUUUUCUGUUUCUUAGUUAAUGCCUUUUUAGAAUCAAGGCUUCUUUAUUGAUUUCGAAGUUGGAGGAUAUCCCAAAUCAGUCACUACAACUGAUUCCUCUAUCAAUCUGAGAAUGCUUAAUGUGAAGCUGAUCUUGCUGAUAAACACUGCAUACUUCGGAUUCUCUUUGAAUCUGCAGCCUCGUCAAUACCCUCUUACUUCAUAUAAUGUAUGUGAAUGCAUGAUGUAAAUGUGAAUUCACCCGGUGAGAUAUGUGUCCAGGAUAAUAUUAACUUCAACAGCUAGAAGUGGAGAAACAUAAUAUUCCAGAAGUUUUAGCAAUUAUAUGAUUCCCUUGAUGUUUUAUCUUACUAGGCCGUUUUGGAAACUGUGGCCAGAGUCACGCCAAAGAAAAAUGAUUCCAAAGAGGACAGGUAUGCAUUGAUGUUGACUCCUAAAUAGCAUUUAUUUAUUGACUUCAGGGAAAUUUUGAUUCAAUCAUUGCCUAUAAUAGUUUAAUAUACGAACCUUUCAGCCAUUAAUGCCACUGGACAUUCUCAUUUUAACAACUUCUUUUCAGGUCUUUCCAAUUUCACAAUGUUUUUAACUUGGAUUCUGAGAAUCAAGCAGAGGAAAUACCUACCCUUAUAGAUCGGAAAGUAUGGUUCAUUAUAUUGUAGGAGAAAUUAAAAUGGAUUGCAUUUCCUGGCAUAUUUGAUCUGAAUAACUUAACCGCUGGAUAUAUGUGUAAUGAUGUUUUCAGGACAAUGUUUUCAUCAUCUCAAAUCCCAAAUCAAAAUAUCCUGUGCUACAGUUAGACCUCAGGUACACUUGUUAAUUAUUUCUUUUUUUCAGAUGAUAGUAGAUAUCUUUUUCCAUCUUGACAUUCUCUAACUCAUUUGUUUGUAGGUUGAUAUCUGAUCUUGUGGUGGUCAUUGUGUCUGCGACUUGUGGUGGAAUUGCCUUUGCAUGUGCUGGACAACCAGUUAGUGUCUUAUAUAUGUUUUACACUUCAUUGAAAAGUGGAACCAAUGUCCUAUUAAUGGUGCUUUCCAAAAGUAGAUGAAUAGCUUUCCGUACUCCGGAACAUACCUGUCUGACAAAAGUCCAUCUCAGGUUUUGCACGGUAGUAUUUAUACUAUAUUGGCUGAUUGGAGUUCAACGCAGGUUAUCACUGGAUAUUUGCUAGCUGGAUCUGUUAUUGGGCCUGGUGGUUUGAGCUUCGUCAGUGAGUUGGUGCAAGUGAGUUUUCUUUGAUAGAAGCAUGUGUAAGACGUGAUAUGUUCUGGGAAUCGGUCAUCAUGGUGUAUUGCCUAAUACCUUCACUUAGGGAGGAUUAAUUCUGCCUGGGUAACAAGCUCAUAUAACCUGUGGUGCAUACAUUCGAAACCUAAACACUGGAUUGGGACUGCUCUAAUCGGUUUCAGUUGGCCUGCAAGUUGCACGAUUUAGAUUUUCUGAAAUGGCCAUAUCUGGUUCUGUAAAAGCAGGAAAAUCGGAAACAUAAGAUUGGGGCUGGGUACAGAGGUGCAAAGUAAACAAAUAAAUGUUUUGAAAGGGAAGUGAAAUCUGCCUAGAAACACUAGAAUACUGGACUAAGGAGCUGCUAUUGUGGUUGCAUCAUCAUCAGCUUUAAAAGUAGAUGAUCAAAAGAUUAUACUAUCUUCUUUCUACAAACUUCCUGCUGUGGUGGGUGGAGAAAUCUUUCCACAGCACGAAGCAUAAAAGUUAAGCAUAAAAACCUCUUUCACUAAAUAAAUUUGACUGAUCAGUUGAUAGUAAUAAGAGGACCAGCAUCAUGGCCAUCAUCAAGAAUGUCCAUGAGAGUUUAGAAUAAAAAAAUAGUCUUUAUCCCUAUAAACUAUGCUCUGAUCGCCCGAAUCAGUUCUUACCCCCUUUUUCUUCAGAGGGUAUUGCCUUCUUAAAAUGAUCUUUUCUUUUCGACCAUCAAAGGCCACAUUUGAUGGCCUUUGAUGAUCGAAAAGGCCAUCAAAGGGCUUUUCGACCUAUAUUCAUGCAUUCAUAACUAGACUAAAAUUAGUUUUUGGGUGUCAUGAAAAAUCUGGUGUGGAAAAGUCAUUAAUGGAAGGAUCUAGCGUAAAUGAACUUUUCCAAUAGCUACACAUGAAAUUUUGUUUUUUUUUCUAACCAUAAGUUGUGUAAUACCUGGACUGUUGGCGCAUGUCACAUCUACUGGUAUGUUAGAUAUCAUGUUGGUUUGUGUUCUUGUUUAGACUAAUACGUUGGUUUGCAUCUCAUAUAGGUUGAAACAGUUGCUCAGUUUGGAGUUAUUUUCCUUCUUUUUGCUUUGGGAUUGGAAUUCUCCAUGGCAAAGGUUCGGUAUCCUCGCCUCAUUUCUCUUUAUUUCUACUCCUAAUCAAGCACACACAUGGUACCUAGGGAUGAUGCGUGUUGUCUUGAAAUACCCAAACACUACGCCUAUUUUCCAUUAUUUUGUUGCUUAAGUUUUAUCCUUGUUGAGAUGGAUAUGACUCCUGUGUUUCUAACAUUCAUUUGCACAGCUUCGAGUUGUUCGUGCAGUUGCUGUUCUAGGUGGUCUGCUCCAAAUAUUUCUGUUUAUAUGCUUAUGUGGAUUUGCAGCAUCGGUAUUAUUCUGCUUCUAUGAAAAUAAAGCAUUAGAUGGGUUUCCCUGUGCAACUUUAUUAAUCCAAAUUGAUUUGUACUAUCCAGCUCAAGAGUGUCUUGGCUUUUGUGAAUAUAUAAUGCCAUUAUGUGAAUUCAUACAUAAUCAAACCCCACAACCCACCCAAAAGAGCCAUUAUUACCAUGUUAAAAUAAGAUCGAUUGCUUACUAUGAAAUUAAAUGUUUGCGCUACGAAAGUUACAUUUCUUUGUGCUUUGCUCUAAAGUAUUUUUUUUCCUUUGAACCGAUCCUUGGUUACCAACUUCAUCUUUGAUGGAAAACGGAAACUUAGCUGGAGGAAGGUGGCCUUCCAAUUUUGAGGAAGCCUGACUGAUGCUGAAAUAGAAACAUUUUUAGCUUUCAAAGACAUCUUGUUUGACAAUGUCAUGGAGGAAAGAAUAUUUCUCUGGGAUCCUGUGUUGGCAGAGCAUAUCCCAAUGAGGUUGGAGUAGUAAUCGUAUCCUAAUGUAAAGAGCUCAGUAUUCGUAUCUUUUGGAGAACAUCCCAAAAUUCUACAACAAAUCUCUUCUGUGACCAGGAUGGAGGAUAAGACAAAAAUGUGAUAGCACAUGGCAAAGAAAAGAGAAGCAACUGGCCUUCCUUCCAAUCCCUACUAUAAGAGAGCAUAUCUUGGCAUAUAAACAUGCUCUGAUGUCAUGUUGGAAUGUAACCAAAUUAUGAGAUGACAGCAGAUUUUGUCAAUAUAAAGCACGUAAUUGCUGUUCCUUAGCAACUGUCUAGGUGAAGAAACCAUAGAACAUAAUUCUACAAAGUUUUAUGUUGCUGAAGUUAUCUUUAUUAAACUAGGCGAGUUUAUGAAAUCUAAUGACAAAAAGUCUACUUACAGAAAUAUGCUGGGGAGGAACCCUCCUUGCCAAUGGGAGUUGUUGCAUGACUGCCUACUGAUCUUGUGGUCCCCUGUUAACAUGAUAGAACUCGACAUACUACUGAAACUAUAGCGGUAUGACGGUGAACAAAGUUGAAAAGACAGUCUGUAGAUGCCCUUUUUAACUUCGUGGACAUGAAUGCAUUUUGGUUAUCACAUGUGUGCAUGAAAUAUUGAUGCCAGGCUAAGGACCCUCAACACAAGUUUUUGAUAAUGAAGGUUCUAACUUGUUUAGUUUGGCUGGUAAAUGGCUCCAAAGUUGUCAUUUUAAAGUAAAAAAGCUCUACUAUUACUGGCUGGAGGAUGAAUGUAAUAGACCAUUCACUCCUGGUAUUUUCCUGUUAAUUAAGGAAUAACAAUUGACGUAGAGUAUGAUAUAGUUUGUCACAUGUUCACUUCUAGUUCUGGCACCAUUAUGGGUGUCCUUCAACGUCUUAAUGUUUUUAUUUUGUCUUCCAUUAUUAGGAUUUUCCAUUUUCGUUGAUUUCCUUAAUCGGUAAGUUGCAUUAUUUUAGGUCUAUUUUUUGUUAGUUAAUUACUUUUUAACGAGACUAGUUGUUAUAUUCCUUAGAUUUUCUUAUUAUCUGAUUCCUGUUUCUUUUCAAGGGAGUCUUGCCGCCAAUUCAAAAUAGUUUUGUUAUGAUGAAACCGAAAUUAGUUUGUUCUUUAGUGCUUCUGUUCAACUCUUUCCAUUGGGGCACUUUAAGUUUCCCAUCUUCUUCCUCAUUGCUUUGGUCUGUCAUUCUUAUCCUCUGAACCAUUUUUUUGGAAUAACUCAGGGAGUAUGGAUUGUUAGAGGAGAGGAAACUGUAAAGAAUCCAUACUCAGGGAGUAUGGAUUCUUUAGUGCAUGGGUUCUCCAUAAAGUUUAUCAAUAUGAAUGGCACAAUUAAUUCACUUCAGUUUGUCUUAUAAUUCAUGUUGACAUCAACAAUUCCCUUGCUAACUUGUAGUUGUGUCCGUUGAGACUGGAAUUAGAUCUAAUCCAACCCUGGAAUGAUGAGAGGUAACGCAUUCAAUACAUCUGUCCGAACUCGGACACUUUAAGGCGCCAUGAUAUGCAAUAUAAGCUCUUCACUGAAAAUAGUAAUUUACAUCUCGUGGCUUUUAUUUUCUUGUGGCUAUGUAAAGGAUGAUAUUAUGGUGAAUAAUGUGUUGUUUCAUAUUUGCUGCAUACUGGUUCUCAUUAUGUGUGACUUUACUUUUUUCUCCAGUUAUGUGGUGGAAAAUCCUCUGAGGGAGCUUUUGUUGGUGCACUCCUCUCAAUGUCUUCAACGGCUGUGGUACUCUUUUAUGUUCUGUAUAGUUUCUUAUUUUCAUUAGACACAGGUCGUUGCAAUGUCUUGGUUUUCAUAUUUGUUAAGUUCUCACAACGAGGUCGUUGCUGAAGUUUGAGCAAGAAUAUCCCGCCUAAAUACAGACAUAGAGUCAGGAUAUUACGAGACAUAAUUGAUUGUACUUCAGCAAAUUAGUUUCCAUUCAUAGGAGUCACGUUCACUAAAUUUCUGCAACAACAACUUCUCUUUGAAAAGUGCUAUUUUUUUACUCUGAACUGCUGGACUUUUCUGCCCUUCAGGGUAAAAUCCCGACCCCUUAUUGACGUAGAAAGUCAACCUGAACUUUAUCAGAAUAAGAAAAACUUGGGGUCAGUCAGGCCUGCCUUGCAGCUACCUGAACUGGGUUCCAGUGGAGCAAAUGUUCAAUCUGAAUUGAUCUCUUGUUUCAGCUUUACUUGACCUUAUAGAAUCUGUAUUAUUGUAAAAAAAAAUCAUUAACGUUGUAUUUAUCUAUCAGAUACAUAAGAUUACACACAGUAGUUAUAUUAGAACUGGAUCGGAUUGACUGCUAACGUGAUUCAGCUAUGGGCGUUAAGUUGAGGUUCAGGGUGUGUGCAGUUUCGUUAGGUUCGGGUUCAGGUGGUCUUCUCGAAGUUUGUUAGUUUUCAUCAUUUGAAAACCUUCUUCGACAGGCCAUGUUAUAGUCAACUCAAACCGAACCAAUUGCACCCAAGUUUGUGGCACAUGGACCGCGAAUUCUUUGGUGAUGAAAAUAUUCGAAUGGGAGUACUCUGUAUAUCAAACGCAUUCGUGAUUGUAUGAGCCCUCAUUGAUUAUUACACUAUUACAUUAUAUUCUCCUAUGCAAGUAUCUUUUACAGUCUCUUAAAUUUAUACUCUCUACUAGAUUUCAGAAUAUUCAGAAAAGUGACCCUUUUUUUAGAGUUUGUCCACUACAGAUUAGGAUAGUCCCAUAUUGAUUAUUAUAAAAGAAUGUGAUUACAGAAAUAGCCCAUUUGGUUGAGAUCAAUGUCUUAUUAUAGUUAGUGCACUAUUACAUUAUAUUCCCCCCAGAACAGACACUAGCGCCCAUAACUUUAUAUUAUUUCUUGCAUAACAACUUCUCUAUGUCAGAUGUCAGAACGUGUAGUUAAUUCUAGUGGUUGCUAUUUCUCUAAUACAAUCUUUGUGAUAUGCGAUUAGGAUUUGGAUCAAGAAUUCCGAUAUCUCAGGCGAAAAUUGACAGGCAGUUUUAAUUUAAAUCCGUAGUAGCGAAAGUGGAGUAAAAGCUUUUUCUUCCAUGUCUCGCAGGUUUUGAAGUUUCUAAUGGAAAGAAACAGUAUAAACGCUCUUCAUGGUCAAGUCACGGUUGGCACCCUUAUACUUCAGGUUAAAAAUGUGUUCUAAUUCGUCUGUAUGGCAUUACAUUGUAUUUUGGAUUUCUCUGGUGCUAAGUGAAUUUUAUUCAUUUAUAUGUUUGAGCUCUAAAACUUCUGUUAAUUUUUUUUUAUCUUAGCUGAACGAAAUUUCUCACACUCUUUUGGCUUUCAGGAUUGUGCUGUUGGCCUGCUGUUUGCCUUGCUUCCAGUUCUGGGUGGUACAUCAGGUGUCCUUCAAGGAGUGAUGUCCAUGGCUAAGUCGUCAGUACUUGUCUCAUUCUUCUGUUAUGGCUGCAAAAGUCGUCCCGUUGUGGUUGACACGAUUUUUUUUCCUUUUAUUAAUAAUUUUUUUCAAUAAUGAAGUAAUUUUAGCUAGCAUCCCGAUAUCAGUUUUCUGUAGAGAUUGGUCUCUACGUUUCUCCUCGACUCUCCUACUUUUUGAUAUUGUGUUAUUUCCCAGUUUAUUCUUUUAUUUGAUAUUCAGAUAUUUAAAAUGUGCCUAUAUCUAGUAAAGUGCUUAUCAACACCUAGUUGUGUAGGAAAAUGAAAAUAUAAUCCGAGAAUCAUAUUUAUUAUUAUCAUUCAAUUUUCUUUUUAUUUUCUCUAUUAUUAAGUUGUUUAAUAAAGUUUUUGUUGUAUUUUUUUUUUCUUUUGUGCAAGGUUAAUUGUGCUGUGCACUUUCUUGGCUAUUCUGUCAUUACUAUCCCGCAAAUGUGUCCCAUGGUUUCUUAAGCUUAUGAUUAGUCUGUCAUCUCAGGUAUGUGUGUCUGAACACCCCCACGCCCAACCAAAAAAAAAGAAAAAAAAAGAAAAACCAAUUUAUUUUUAACGUCAUACCAUAACACUUGUGUAGUCCCUUUUCGCUUAUAGAAUGUUUUCCUUUGUGCAGACCAAUGAACUUUAUCAGCUAGCAUCCGUAGCAUUCUGCUUGCUUGUUGCUUGGGUUAGCCACUCGUCACUUCAUUCAUGUAUUCUUGUUUCAGUUUUUAUAGUCUUCUAGUCAAAUCCUUGUUUCGGUUAACUGGGAAUCACGAUGUUUAUGCCAUUGUGUAGGAUGAAUUCUUGCUUUCAAUUAAUAACCAGUGCAUCUUGUGUUCUUUCAUAAUUGAAAAUCUAAUGAGCAAAUUAUCUGGAACUCAUUGUCUUACUAAAUUAUGAGUUAUCAGCAUCUGAGGGCUAAUUUACGGAGUUUUUUUUUAACUUUUCCACUAGGAUCCUCAGUAUGAAGCUCUCAAUUAGAUGUUUUUAACUGCUCAUAUUUUUAGCAAUUUCAAAGGUUUUAUUUCUUUCAUGUACUUUUGUGUCAUCUGUUCCAAAUCAGGGUUCCUAUCAUUUUCCUUCCGGGAUUUUGGUUGAACGUUUGAUGGUGCUAUAUAUGUUAACCUAAAAUUGCUGAUUUUUACCAUUAUAGUAUUAAUGAUUGCAAGACCAUGACUGACUUCUUACAAAUUGUAAGUGACCACGUUUAUUACAUCCUCUCCCAGAUGUUUGCUAUAUAGCUGCAUAGCCUGGGUUUACAUCCUAUCACUUAUUUAUUUACACUUUUUACGCUUGCAUAUUCUCUAGAGCAUUAAUACCCUUGCAUAUCUGUUGGCAGUUAAUAUUUCUAGUUUUCCAUAACAAGAGAUUUGCUCUAACAUUCUGUCUAUUGAAUUGACGUAUAAGCUGAUAAAAAGUAGGAAUAUGUUUUUAAUCAUAGGGAAAGGUGGGCAUUCCUUUUUCGUCAAAAGUGAGCUUCAUAAGUGAGGAUUCAUCUAAUAAUACCCUUCAAACUCUCACAUUCAAAAAAAAAGAGAGAGAGAGAGAGAGAGAGAGAGAGAGGCUUCUGUGGAACCCCUUUAUUUUCCAUGUUUUCUAUGUGAUAAAUACUAUUUAUGAGUAUGUAUUAAUCAGGAUUUUCCUCAUUACACCAGUGUAGCGACAAGUUGGGUCUUAGCCUUGAGCUGGGAUCUUUUGCUGCUGGAGUAAUGAUCUCAACCACUGAUCUCUCACAACAUACUCUUGAACAAGUAAUAUUCUACUUUUGAUAAGUGUCAUUUAUCAGUUGUAGAAAUUGUUUUGAAUUCCCGUUCGGGAUCAUAUUUGUUAAUGUUAUGUCUUCGGUAUUUAUUCAAUUUUAUUUCAGUGGUAUUUUAUUUCUGCACGACCGUACUUUUCAUACAUUUUUAUAUUAGGGAUUAUACUGAUAUUCAGGAAGAAGGCCCCUUUUUCUUAUUGACAUCCAUUCAUAUUUAUUUAAUCUCUGGUAAAAAAAAAAAAAAAUGUAUGGUUAGUUCUUUGGUUUCCGUUCCACAGUUCACACUAAUUCUUCUGAUAGUUCUCUUCAUUAAAGUCUUAGGUUUUUAUGUUUAAAAUCCCAUGCUCAUAAAUGAUUUAAUAUCUUUAAGGAAUACGCGUAGAAAAAAAGAAGGAAAAACUUUUUGAGUUGGCGUGGAAAGAAAAAGAGGUGCUGCUUGUGGUUGAGAUGGUGACCCGUGCUAGAGUUCCCAAAAUCACCUUGAAAUCCAAAGUACUUGAACAGAUAUUCUUCAUCCGUUAAAAAAUAUCUCAGUACUAGAAACUUCUGACUAAAUUUGUCAAGUAUCAAAUCCUUUUUUAACAAAAUCUGCUCAUAAGUUAU